GAACACAGCGCAAUGGUAACGGAUCAAAUAUUUGGCUAGUUCGCUGUAUUUGUACAAAUUCGCUCUGGGUCGAGCAGGUUAUCGUCCAUUCGCUAUAUAAGUCUGUACUCUGAAAAAAAUUCGGCAUAAACUCGUCUCGAUAUACGCGUCUCUCUUCAUCUGUGAUAUCUAUUUCUAUUAAAACAACAAUAUGAGAGCGUUUUUGCUUUUCUUCGUUUUGGCGCUCUUCGCCAUGGCUUCGGCUCAGAGAGGCAAAGGCAACAACCCCGAGCAAGUUCACUUCGUGGACAAUGCAAACCCUGGUCAAGGCAGGUUUUGGGGUAGUAACAGACCAACACCGGUGCAAUUUGUGGACAACAACAACCCGAGCGGUGUGAACUUUGUCAACAACCCAUACGACAACAACCCGGGUCAAGUGAACUUUGUCAACAAUCCAUAUGACAACAACCCGGGUCAAGUGAACUUUGUCAACAACGACCCGAAUAAUCCAAGCGGCGUGAACUUUGUCAACAACGACCCGAAUAACCCAAGCGGCGUGCACUUUGUCAACAACAACAACAACCCCUCUGGCGUGAACUUUGUCAACAACAACCCCAACGACCCGACUGCUGUGCAUAUCGUAGAUGGCAACUCUGACCAAGUUGUGAUCACCAACCCUGACCCCUACUUCGGCCAGCCCUCAUACCCUCGUGAGUAUUACUUUGAAUCUAAUUAAAUUUAUUAAAGAACUUCUUGCUGAUAUUAUUACUAUUACUC